AUGAAAAACAAGCCUGUACCUGAAGGCUAUAAAAUAUUUUCACUCUGUGAUGCUGGAUAUACGUAUACAUUUAUGUUUAGUUCACGAAUCGAAGAUAAUACAGAUUUAGAGUCAAUCCCUGGUAUUAAUAAGGCUAGAUGUACAGUAUGGUAUUUGGUAAAUCAACUCCCCCAGGAAAAAAAUUUCCAUAUAUAUAUGGAUAAUUAUUUUUCAAGUAUUCCUCUUUUUAAAUAUUUGCGCAAAAACAAUAUAGGUGCCUGUGGAACUGUUAGAACCAAUUCAUCUAAAUUUCCCAAAGAAUUAAAACCUAAUAAUGUUUAUUUAUUAGAUUGGAAUAUGCUUAGUAGAGUAGUUACAAAUGAUGUAUUAGCUAUAUUAUGGGUUGAUAAUGGGCCAGUAACCAUGCAUACAACUAUCCAUAAAAUUAUAGAUGAUGAAUGGAAAAUAAUUUGA